AUGCGUCUUUCCACUAGUGUCCUGCUCGGUCUGCUGGCCGCCAACGUCUCGAUAGCCGCCAAAGUUGGCAAGUUCGACGCCGAGAAAUGUGCCGACCCGUCCGGUAUGAAGACCUGUUACGACAAGGCCAAGUCCACCUACAGCGACUGUGAGAAGAAGUGCGACAAGGAGGACAACGGCAAGACCAGCAGCGACUCCGACUGCUUGGACAAGUGUUCCUGCACCCAGCACCAGGCCGAGAUUGACUGCGCGGCUAGCUCUUGCUGGAACCAAGUCUACAGCUGCGAGUACGACCUGACCGUCGGCGCCCUGCUCGAGUCCUGCGAGGACAAGCAGUCGGUCGAUGAUAUUCCCUUCUGGCCCGCCCCCGAAAAUGCCGCCGGUGGUUGCUCCUGCAACGUCGGCAAGGUCGACAAGAUCUCAUACGGCGCCUUGGCAAAGGUAGAGAAACAGUGUGGCCUCAAGGCCUCCGCGGAUGACAGCAAGAUCCAGGGGUGUGCCUGCUGUGGUUUUAGUGCCGCGCUUUCUGCCUUGCCCAACACCUGCCCCAACGCCAACCCCUCCGACCUGAAUCUCGACGGCAUGGAGGAGCUCUUCGGCGACAUCUGGGAGCAGUGCACCGACGUCCUCAAAGACCUCGACUGUGCCAAGGAGUUCGAUUUCCCCAAGCUCGACACCUACUACGCGCCCGGCAAGGUCCCCAAGGGUGGUAACGCCACCCUCUCCAACACCAGUGGCUCCCUCACUUCCCCCGUCAGCGCUACCAUCACCUGGUCCGCCGGCUCGUCUGCUCACACCGUCACCGCCGUGUCCACCGACGCCGUCAAGGCCUCCGGUACCGGUUCCGGUUCCAGUGCCAGCGCCACCACUGGCGACUCUGCCUCCGGCACUGCUUCUGCCUCUGCUACCGCCACCACCGGUGCUGCCGUGCGCGCGGGUAUGGACUCGUACCUGUGGGCCGGUCUGGCUGUUGCCGCCGUUUUCGUUCAGGCUUAA